AUGCGAGUAUUCACCUUCCUAGCUUUGCUGCCCGUGAUCCUUGCGAAUCCCCUCCAAACCCGUACGACAGCAUGCAACAACUCUCCCGACCUUUGCUCCAAAUCCUAUGGGGAAAUCACACAUCUCGGAGCCCACGAUAGUCCCUUUGUACGAGAUGAGACUACUGGGAACUCGCUAGCUGGCGACCAAUACUAUGAUACCCUCACACAGCUAUCAGCCGGUGUCCGACUAGUGACAGCACAAGUGCACAAGGACAACUCACAAUGGCGUCUCUGUCAUAGUACAUGUUCUCUGCUUGACGCCGGACGACUGAGAGAUUGGUUAAAAGACAUCAAGGGCUGGCUAGAUGAUAAUCCAAACGAGGUGGUAACAAUCCUCCUCGUCAACUCGGACAACGCCUCAGCCUCCGACCUCAACACCGAAUUCACAUCCGCCAACAUAACUGACUAUGCCUACGAACCAGAAGGAAACACCGCACCCAAAACAUGGCCAACACUCCAAACAAUGAUCGACACAGGCAAACGCCUCGUCGUCUUCGUCGCCCCCAUCGACACAGACUCAGCCCAUCCCUACCUCCUAAACGAAUGGACCUACAUCUGGGAAAACCCCUACGACGUAUCCUUCCCCUCAAACUUCACCUGCGAAGUCGACCGACCCUCGGAAUACCAAGGCAACAGCGGCGCCGCAUUAUCCGCCAACCUGCUGCCACUAAUGAAUCACUUCCUGUACUCGAGCGACUUCGCGAUGCUGGACAUCGAGUACCCAAACGCGAGCUACGUGGCGACGACGAACGCCGCAUCAGGCGGAGUGGGGAAUCUGGGGUCGACGGCGAGCGCGUGUAAGAAGGCGUGGGGUGGUCGACAGCCGACGUUUAUUAUGGUUGAUUUCUUCAAUCGGGGGCCGGCGAUUGAGACGGUUGAUAAUCUGAAUAAUGUGUCCAAUGCUGUUGGAAGGAAGAGUGUUUCGAAGUCGGAGGAGCCGACGAGUGGUGCGGCGGCUAAUGAGAAUGUGUUCAAGGCGCUUGUUGAGCUUGCUGCUUCAGCGAGGGCGGGGGCGGAUGUAUCGAUGGGGAAUUGGAUUUGGACGGGGGGGGAAUUGGGGGAAUUUGCUUGGUGGAGGAGUUUCUUUCUGAUGUUUCUCUAUAUUCUUGUGGAGCGUUUAUAUUCGGGAUCUACUUGUCCUUGA